CUGCAGAUUGAUUGGGGAGGAAAGUAACGGUCGGAGCCACCUAUCAAAAUCAAGACUAUAUUUACCGACCGACGUGUACGUACUAGUGAUUCACUCAUCUCUUUCACUUACAUAAAUAACUGUUGCAAUCUCUGAGAGUAAACCAAAACAACAAACACACUACCAAAGCCUUGGAGUAAUGUUAGCAGUGAAAUCCAACCAAGAAUUUAGGGACCCCAAGGGACUUCUUCAGCCCCCUGGGGAUUCCACAGAGUCUGGGUUUAAAAGAGUGUCUUCAUUUAAACAGAAAAAGCCCGACCAUGUGAGGUUGGAUGUGACCUUGGUACGACGCAACAGCUUACCAAGUCCAGUGAGCCCUAAAAUGCUCCUGGCGCCCCCCGAGGCCCGCCCAUUAGAGAGGGUGCGGUCCUUCCAUUUAUCGAGGGGAGGCGUCAGGAACCGGGGGGACCUUAUUCGUCGACGGAGUACUCUUAGUGUGAACUCUUGUGAAAAGUAUGACACUGGGGCUGAAGCCAUGGUCAGCAACAACGACAACGCGACGCCACGUGUUGUCAAAAUGGUCAGGUUGGCUCUAGUGGGGUGCGAUGAGGUCGGAAUUCAUACACUGAAAAACCAGUUCACUACUUCAGAGGAAUUUUACAUGCACCAUAAUCGAGAUGGGGCCGAGUCGCCAGAGGACAUUUUCAUUCUACUGAACAAAGAUGAAUAUUGUGUACAGUUCGUUGACGAAUCAGAAUUAAUGGAAAGUAAGAAAUCUUCCAUGGUGGACGCUGUCAUGGUGGUGUUCUCCGUCGUCGAUACUUCCUCCUUCCAGUAUGCAGUCAAGAAAAUCGAAAUCAUCAGAGACAAGAUGAAAUUCAGCUGUCCGAUAAUCCUUGUUGGGAAUAAAUGCGAUUUAGCUAGAAACAGAUCUGUCUCUGGAAAAGAUGCACAGAAGAUUGCAGACAAGUUCAGGUGCAAAUACAUAGAGACGUCUGUUGUCCUCAACCACAACAUCGACGAACUAUUGGUUGGGGUCGUUCGCAAAGUUAUUCAAAGACGAGAAGGCGGGAAAAAGCAGACGACAACUGAAGAUUACCAAUCCUCCAAAAGCCCCAGUUUUACGAGGCGUAUGCUUAACAAACUAAAGAAAUUUGGACAAUCAAAAGAUAAAUCUACUAAUUUGUACGAUUAAUGAUGACCCACAGGGUUAGUACAUUAAUCUAAGUUUUGACAAUAUACAUACUAGUAUGUAGAACAAAAAAUUAAAAGAUUUGAAAUUGGUGAUUAUUCAUUCAGACAAACACAUAAUAAACUGUGUAGAAUUAAAAUCAUUACAAUUAAGCAAUUUAUUCAUUUUAUUCAUAUUUUAUUCAUAUUAAUGUUUAGCUACGUGAAAAAUCUGUCGAUUAGGGAUGAUUUAUUCCUAGAGGAAACAUUGUACAAUAUUCCCCUCUUCAACCCAUUCCAGUUUUCGUCAGUGUUGUGUUCAUCACUAUGGACUUCCGUAAUUCUGUAAUUGAAUCAAUGAAUUGUUUUUGUCUGUGGAAAACUCUAUAUGCCUGAAAGAAACAAUAACUCAUUGUCAUGAAUAUUCAUGAAUCCUUAUGCGUGUAAAACAAAUUAGCUUAAAAUUUGUAUUGUUGUACUGAGAAUGAAUGUUGCUUACCGCUUGUAAGAAUGAGAAUGUGGUCAAUAUCAUAUGAAUGUUCAUGUUUUGUACUUUGAAAUAUGCAAAUUAGUAAUUAAAUAAACUAAGUUUUGAAUUCACGAUA